AGAAGAUUUGAGGAAGGCGAAGAUGGGUACCAUCAUGAAACAGUCCGUUCUACUACUUGCAAUACUACAAUGAGACUCUCGAUGUCGUAAUCAACUGCAUCCAGGAACGAUUCGAUCAACCUGGCUAUGGAAUGUAUAGCUCUUUAGAGUCGCUCUUAAUCACUGCUGCAUUGCAGUACAAACACGCAGAUGAUGAUACUGAAGCACUUGCGAGGUACAAGUUUGAAAUGGAGGAACAACUGGAGCGAGUAUGUGCCUUCUACGGCGAUGAUUCUGACAAGGAAGAGUUGAGAGGGCAGCUGGUAACAUUUAGUCUGCAUUUCCAGAAGAACACAGAGAAACUUGAGAAGGUUACAAUAUUUGAUUUAAGGCGCUACUUUUCUAGCUUGUCAUCUGGUCAGAGGUCCUUAUUGAGUCAAGUAUGCCGCCUCAUGCAGCUGAUUUUGGUUAUGCCAGCUACCAACGCCACCUCGGAGAGAUCCUUCAGUGCACUGAGACGUGUUAAGAACUACCUAAGAACUACCAUGUCUCAGAAAAGAUUCAAUAAUCUAAUGGUGCUUCAUGUGCAUAAAGAUUAUGUCGAUAGUGAUUUGGAUCUGGAUGUCAUUCAUGACCAGUUUGUAGCAAAGUCAUAAAAUAGGCUUCGACUAUUUGGGAAGGCCAAUGAGGUUCAGUAAUCACAGUAGUAAUAAUAAUAAUUUGUGUGAACUCCAUGCUGUUUUCAAUUUUAGCGCACGCUAAAUAGGAUAAAUCACGUGACUUUACCACACCUCUUAGCGCGCGUUAGGCCCGACCAGUCCUAGAAUGCU